GAAGGAUGCUCUCCAGCCUUUUCCAGUUUUCCAGCUUUCCCGAGGGCAGCAACUGGCGACUUUCUCCAGUGACUGGGAGAUCCAAGAAGACAGUAAGCUGUCUUCAUAGAAGAUGGCCAUGGACAGUAGCAUGAUGUUGUCAUAUGGCAGCUCCCAAAGCUGCCACGUGUUACCCAUGUUCAGCAGCUCCACGGGGAAACUGCGGCGGCAGCUGGACAAGGGAGAGUAUGAUCUAUUCAAGCAAAUGCCCGUAUUUGAGAGUGACUUUAUCCAGGUCAGCAAGAGAGGAGAAGUGAUUGAUGUGCACAACAGUGUGCAAAUGGUGACAGUGGGCAUUACAUUCAGCAGCCCCAACCUCACAAUUCCUGAUGUCAUGCUGCUGGCAAGGCCGGUGGCGAGCUGUGCGGUCAGUGCCAGACAUGACAAAGACACACAGGGAAGGGGCUUCAAGUCGGCAGAGAGCUUGGAGCUGACCAGGCUGCUUCCUUUGAGGUUUGUAAAGCUAUCCAUCUAUAAUUAUGAGAAAAAACAAAUCCACUUGAAGAUUGCCACUGGUCGCUCUUUUUACCUACAACUGUGCACCCCUUCAGAUACAAAAGAAGAUCUGUUUGCACACUGGGAAGACCUGGUGUACAUUCUGAGACCUCCGGUGGAGGCUUACAGUGGUACCCAGGCUGAACCAGUUGGUGACAUGAUGGACAUACCUGUGCUGGACGCAGAGGAUAAGCGGAGCCCAGCAGCCAUGGAGUUCUAUGGAGACGGAGACCAAGAUCAGGUCAGCGUCAGGAGCCUUCCCAUGGCAGCUGAGCUGUCUGAGGACACCUCUCUGGCUUAUGCUGGUGGGGAAGGGAUCCAACAUCAUGCUUCACACACACGUUUGCUUACGAAAAAGCACUCUUUCGUAAUUCCGGUACCUUCAGAACCUGACCAGGUGGCAGCAUCCCGGGCGGCAGCAUCUCGGGCAACAGUGGUAAGCGCUCAGGGCAGCAUGAACACGGCCCGCGAAGAGGUGAUCAGCAGACCUGCCACAAGGACUGCUGAAGGUCCCGGAGCGGGGCCCUCUGUGUCCGCCAUGCAGAGUAGAAGCAAUCUGAGUGCACAGGAUGUGGGCCGGAGGGUGUCUCAACUCCAGGCCGAAGCUCUUACGCACGGGAAGAAACAGGAGAGGAUACACACCAAAAGGGCUACCCUUCUCCGUAGUUCCAGGGAAGACAAAUCAGUCUCAAAAUCCCGCAGAAGCACUCGGGGAGGUAAAAGGGAGAAGAGGACAAGGCUCCUCCCCUGAGGAGCCCACCACCCUCAGCUCCACCCGAAAAGGGUCCAAAUCUAGGGUAUCUCAGAAGUUGAGGAGAAGCCGACCUAAAACUAGGCCAGAUGGGGUCCCAUAAUCCAGACUGGUUUCCUUGUUCCUCCCCUUCUCCUAAAGCUCGUCCUAGCCCAGGAGGGAGCACAGGUUCGCCAUUCAUGGAAACCAAGGAUACGGACGAGAAUGGAUCUCGAAAGUCAUCACUCGCCUGUUUCAGAGCAGGAGAAACGUAACUUUCCUGAAGCAGAUCAAUUAACUCAUUUCUUCAAAUAAAUGCCUACUACUUGUCUUUUACCUGUGUUAACAACUGGAAUAUGUAAAGA